GAGCGCGUGACCGCGGGCGGGGCGGGGCGGGGCGGGGCGGGGCCGAGCCGCCGCCAUGCGCCGCCGAGGGCCGACCUGCUGGGGGCUGCUGCUGGCCCUGGUCGUCUGCCGCUUGCACCGGGCGCGCCCCCGGAACGUGCUGCUGAUCCUCGCGGACGAUGGAGGCUUUGAGAGUGGUACCUACAACAACAGUGCCGUGAGCACCCCUCACCUGGACGCCUUGGCCCGCCGCAGCCUGAUCUUCCGCAAUGCCUUCACUUCCGUCAGCAGCUGCUCUCCCAGCCGGGCCAGUCUGCUCACUGGCCUGCCCCAGCAUCAGAAUGGGAUGUACGGCCUGCACCAGGACGUCCACCACUUCAACUCCUUCGAUGAGGUGCGGAGCCUGCCAAGGCUGCUUGGCCAAGCUGGCAUUCGCACAGGCAUCAUUGGGAAGAAGCAUGUGGGGCCCGAGACGGUGUACCCGUUUGAAUUUGCGUACACGGAGGAGAAUGGCUCCGUCCUCCAGGUCGGGCGGAACAUCACCAGAAUUAAGCUGCUGGUCCGGAAGUUCCUGCAGACUCGGGAUGACAGGCCCUUCUUCCUCUACGUUGCCUUCCAUGACCCCCACCGCUGUGGGCACUCCCAGCCCCAGUACGGGACCUUCUGUGAGAAGUUUGGCAAUGGGGAGAGCGGCAUGGGGCGGAUCCCAGACUGGACCCCGCAGACCUAUGACCCACAGGACGUGCUGGUGCCUUACUUCAUCCCUGACACUCCCACAGCCCGAGCAGACCUGGCUGCUCAGUACACCACCAUCAGCCGCAUGGACCAAGGGGUCGGACUCGUGCUCCAGGAGCUGCGCGGAGCAGGUGCCCUGAAUGACACCCUGGUGAUCUUCACAUCCGACAACGGGAUCCCCUUCCCCAGCGGCAGGACCAACCUGUAUUGGCCGGGCACGGCCGAACCCUUGUUGGUGUCGUCCCCAGAGCACACGAAACGCUGGGGCCAGGUCAGCGAGGCCUACGUGAGCCUCUUAGAUCUCACGCCCACCAUCUUGGACUGGUUCUCCAUCCCUUACCCGAGCUAUGCCAUCUUCGGCUCAAAGACCGUCCGGCUCACAGGCCGGUCCCUCCUGCCAGUGCUGGAGGCAGAGCCCCUCUGGAGCACCGUCUUUGGCAGCCAGAGUCACCACGAGGUCACCAUGGCCUACCCCAUGCGCUCCGUGUACCACCAGGCCUUCCACCUCGUGCACAACCUCAAUUUCAAGAUGCCCUUUCCCAUCGACCAGGACUUCUACGUGUCGCCCACCUUCCAGGACCUCCUGAACCGCACUGUGGCCGGCCGCCCCACUGGCUGGUAUAAGGAUCUCCACCGUUACUACUACCGGGAGCGUUGGGAGCUGUAUGACAGGAGCCAGGACCCCCACGAGACCCGGAACCUGGCUGCCGACCCCCACUAUGCGCAGGUUCUUGAACUGCUGCAGACCGAGCUGGCCAAGUGGCAGUGGGAGACCCAUGACCCCUGGGUAUGUGCUCCCGAUGGCGUCCUGGAGGAGAGGCUCUCCCCCCAGUGCCGGCCACUCCACAAUGAGCUGUGAGCGUCCCUGGGGCACGUGCAUGGCCUCCCCAGACUGGGUCCCCACGCGGCCCAUCUGAUGAGGGCUCUCCCCGAUGCUGCUGUCAUUCUGCCACCGCCUGGAGGGGAGAGCAGGGCGUGUGUCCCGGUCCUUCACCCCUCUGUGGUAGGGGACACUGCUGUCCUUGUGUCUGAGCCCUAUAAGCAUAGACAUUCCAGGGGAUCCUGGAACAGGGUGGGUCCCCCAGUCCAUGACAGGUGAGGAUGGUCUGGGCAAGGAGGUCUCAUGUCCUGGGUCAGGUUGGGGUCCUGCAGAGAGAAGGGGCUGGGACCUGGGGCUUGAGAUCCUCUUCAUUCUUUGGAGGCCCCAGAUGUUCCCACUUCCAGGUACCACAUGGGUGGCAGGAGGGUUCAGACUACACUCUAUGUAGGGACACGGUGUCUGCCUUUUAUCCACCUCUGGUCUUGAAAAAAUCUGUGAACACGCCUGGGGCUUGUUUUGCUCUGCCCCACGGUCAAGUUCCUGACCCUGGCUGGGUUUCCACUAGGCCGCUGAUUCAUGGCAGGCUCCCCACGUGCCGAGCUUCAUCCUGUGGUCUGUAGAGGCAAGCUCGUCCUUUUUGAAUGUCCGGGGGGGAAGAGCCCGUCCUCUGGCUUGGGUUAGUUCUGUCCGGUUGGACUCCAGGGCUGUGGCACGGAUGUUGCUCGCAGAUGCUCCACACCUGCCCGGUGCCCACCUGCCGGGAAAGCGGAAGGUCUCCCUGGAAAGCCCAGAACGCGGGGGCUUUUUCCCUUGAGUGGUGGGCUCCUGCUCUCCCCUGCCCUCCCCCACCAACGCCAUCCUGGGGGCGUGGAGGAAGAGCCACAGUCCAGGACACUGUAAAAGCCUUUUGUUUUAGUAAAACAUGCAGAAGGUCA